AUGGAACAGGCUCUAGCGAAGAUUAGGAUCCAUACUUCCUCAUCUCUUCCCCACCAAAAAACACCAGCAUCUCUACUUUCUGCCCUUGAAUCGACCUUCAAAGAGCAAAAAACAGAGCCAUCUUCCACAGCCUACUUUGCUGCCCUUUUGACAACUUUAGAUGGAACUCUUCAAAAGAAGGAACUUUCACUAAACGAUGGAGACGUACUCCCAGCGGAACUGUAUCUGCUCGCCCUCGUAGCGCCUUUUGUCUCAACUCCAGUCAUUCGAACGAAUUUGUCGACUAUUUUGGCCUUUACUGCUCCAUUAUUCCCUUCCUUGCUCAAUCACGCCCCUGCCUUGCGAUCACAAUUAUCGCUGUAUCAGGUUGUGCUCGUAUCACUUGAUCGCUCUCAAUUAGAGACACACGGGAUUCGCCAAGCUUUCGCUUCAAUCUUACAGCUCACUGUCGAUCCACGACCCAAAGUGCGGAAGAAAGCCACAGAAGUAGUCAAAGAAGUGCUUUCAAAACCACUCCCGCCAUUGCUAAUUCAUCCAUAUGCCGAAAGAGUCGCAGAGUGGUCUCAGUCGGCUCUUGCUGAGAUGAACAAAAAUAUACCACCCAAAUCCAAGGGUGAUUCAGAGGGUGAAAGCGCAAUACACUUGUUGGCUUUUCUCAAACCCACAAUCUCUAAAUUUCCUCCAUCGUCGUAUUCGACUCUUACUGGAUUGCUCCUCAAUCUACCUCGCCUUGGGAAUCCGUUUCUUUCGCAAUCAGCAUAUGCGAUUCUAUCUGAUCUCUUUUCGCAAUCUCACGAGGACGACGCAUUAGCCUUCGACGAGGAGGUUCUUCCUCAAGUGUUAAAAACUGUCAUGGCUUUCCCACCUGCGAAGACAGACACGACUCUAGCUCCGUCGUGGAUACUACUCUUAGGGAAUGCUAUGGCAUCCUAUAAUGUUGUCCACAGUGAUGCUUGUUCUGCACAAGUUGGUUUAGUUUGGAAGACACUGUGGCCAUUCCUAGAAUCUAGCAGUGCAUCAGUGAGAAAGGCAACUGUGCAAUCCCUGGAUCAGUUGGCACGAUGUAUAGUCACCGAUGCAUCAUCAUCGAAGAUGGAUGAUAUUGUUGCUCAAGUCAUGAAGGCCUUGACCUCCGUUUCUCAUGCGCGCGCGAUUCCCGAUCUUCUUUCCUUAACUUCUGCACUCCUCACGAGUUCGUACGGGAAGGGAAAGCGUACGUUAGACGAUGUCAUGGGGCAACGACUACUGGCUCUUGUAGUGCAGAUAGGUAAACUGCGCACCGAAAAAGCCUUUGAAUAUAAGGAAGCUGCCGACGACACACUUUCCACUGCAAUGCGCAUGCUAGGACCAAAAGUUCUGCUUAAUGUGCUACCCUUGAACCUCGAACCUGAAGACAGACAGGCUGGGUUGGAACCACGUGCAUUCCUUCUUCCCUUGCUUGCUCAGCCUCAUCCCUCUCCCCUAUCUCACUUUGUGUCGUAUUUUGUGCCUUUGAGUGAGAGAAUGUUCGAUCUACAGCAAAAGGCAGAAAAUGAAGGUCGUCAGAGCGAGUCCAAAGUUUGGAAUGUGCUCAUUUCGCAGAUAUGGGCCGGCUUUCCAGCGUAUUGUCAUGCUACUCCCAACAUAGAAGGUACCAUGGAUGCUUCUUUCUCGCAGCUGGUCUCGCAAUUGCUCUACGGCCAACCGGAACUGCGCUCUGCUGUUUUGCGAGGUCUCAGACUUAUCGUGGAAUCAAACGUUGCUCUUUCGAAUUCGGUGCCAGACACGCUAAAUCCCUCAGGUCUCACCGACGAGCAAGCUGCACACAAUGUCACAUUCCUUCGAACCCAGGCCGAAAGUUGGUUGGCCGUCCUAUUCAAUGUAUUUGGUACUGUGGGUCGUGACGCUCGUGGACCAGUAGGCGACGUCAUCACAGCCUGGGCGAGUAUCACUUCAGAACAGGAAAUCCACAAGGCGUACAUUAAAGUUGUCGAUCUUUUCAAAGGGCACAUUGGCAAAACAUCCUCAGCUUCGGGAAAUGAAGAGAAUAUCAGCGCUACUGCUCUAGAUCUCUUGCUCUUAUUGCUCCCGUACCUUUCAUCCGCCGAUUUGACGGUGCUAUUCCAAAAUUGCCUCUCGUCGGAGUUCUUGUGUGCUAAAGACAACGCCUUACAAAAACGGGCAUACAAGAUUUUAACCAGGCUGACAGAGUCGGGUAAAGUGAUUAUUGACUCAGAGGCUGUUCUGAAGGAAUUGGAUGCAUUAUCGGAAGGGCUAACAUCGGCUGCGAAAAAGGAUCGAUUCAACCUCUUCGCUGUCCUGAUCCCGCUUAUCCCAUCUUCUGCGAUGCACUUGAUACCCUCAAUGAUUCCUGAAGCAGUACUCGGCACAAAAGAAACCUCAGACAAGGCCCGAAACGCCGCGUUCGAACUCAUCAUUGCGAUGGGCCAAAAGAUGAGUCAAGGUGGUGUUGUGAAAAGAGACAUGCUAGAGGAAAUGGAUGAAGAUUCCGCUGUUGAAGCUACUGCAACCAUCGAUGAAUAUUUGACGAUGGUGGCAGGAGGACUCGCCGGUUCGACCCCACAUAUGAUCAGUGCUACCAUCACGGCUAUUUCGCGUCUGGUGUUCGAAUUCAAGGACGCGUUGUCGAACACGAUGAAGAAUGAGAUUUUCACCACAUUGAUUGUAUUCCUUUCUUCUGCCAAUCGAGAAAUAGUCAAAUCAGUCCUGGGAUAUAUCAAACUGUCUAUCCAUACCUAUCCCGUUGACCUCGUACAGCCUCAUUUAAAGGAAUUGGUUCCUGCCCUUCUUACAUGGUCCCACGAUCACAAAAACCAUUUCAAAUCUAAGGUUCGACACAUUUUCGAGAGAUUGCUCCGAAGAUUUUCAUGGGAAGAAGUAUACUCUGCAGCGGGCGAGGAAGAGGCUUCGAAGGUGCUAGUCAACAUCAAGAAGCGGAAAGAGAGAGCGAAAAGAAAGAAGGCCAACAAAGAAGACGACGACGAAGAGGUUCCUGAAACCAAAGCUACCGCCGGUGAUGCGUUUGAAGACAUUCUCUAUGGCAGUGAAAGUGAAGUUGAUGCGAGUGACGACGACGAGGGUGCUGGUAGGAAACCAUCUCAGCUUCGAACAAAGAGCAAAAAACAGUCGCAGGGAAUGAGAUUACGUCUAGAUGACGAUGAACCGAUGGAUCUGUUGCAGGGUGUUGCCUCUCGGAUAACUAGCGCGUCUUCGAACCGUCGUCGCAAGCCUGGUCAAGACGCUGCACAUUUCAAAACCGACGAAGAUACAGGCAAGAUGGUUAUCGAUCAGUCUGAUGACGAAGACGCAGUGCCUCAUCAAGCUUCGAACGACGUUUCUGGUACUGCGUACCGCGAGAGCAUCACGUCUGUCGACGGGUUCACUAGAGGCCCCAAUGGACGCGUCAAAUUCAACAAGGAUACCAAGAAGCGGAGACGGGAGAAUGAAGAUUUAGACAUGAUGGAUGUUGACGAAAGUGACCGAAAUCACAACCAGCAAAAACGGAAAACAGCUCCCAAGUUAGGCCAUGAAUUUAAAGCGAAGAGAGCUGGUGGAGAUGUUAAAAAAGGCGGUGUAGACCCUUAUGCGUAUGUAACGCUCUCUCAAGCCUCAAAGAAGGGCGGAGGACGGAAGAACCGUAUCGGUGUGGCGGACAAGAGAUGA